ACUGUCGUCCACAGCGCAUGUUAAUGUCAUUCACUAGACAUAUGAAAAUUAUUUGUUAGCGACAAAUCUGCUGCACCCGACGAAAUAAUGGAAGCGCCAGCCAAAGGAGGAAUGGCAUUAUAUUACAAAAAACUUCUAGAACUCCAAGAGAAGUUGAAGGAAAGAAAUCAGGAUAUAUGUCCGUCAGGAGAGCAUGAUUUGAUAGAAAAAAAAUCUGAGAAUGUUGCUUCAUUGAACAGGAAUGAGUAUCAAAAUUCAAAGGUCGAAAAAAAUCUUGAUAAGAGCUAUCAAUUAACUGAAGAACAUGUUGGUUAUCAGCAUGUUGAUGAAAAUAAUGAAGUCCAUGAUAAAAAAGAAACUGGACCAUUGAAUAAUUAUAACGAUUAUCAAAUCACUCAGCCAGAUUAUGACGAUGAUCUUAACGAAUCCAAUCAGUACUUUACCGAUAGGAAACCAAAACAAUUUUCUACAACGAAACUCGAUGAAUUUUCUGAACAGAAUAAUAAUCGAAAUAACGAAAAUACAGGCUCUAAGUUACAGCCUGAUGUGAAUAGACAAUCUGUUAUAUACUCUGACAAUACAUAUGACGAAUAUGACCAACCGAUAAAUCACAUUGAACAAACUCUUCAUUGCAGUGAAACAGAACAUCUUCAGAAUUCAAAUAUUGACAAUAAUCGUACUGAAAACAGAAAAAUUCCCACUCAUCCAAACAAAACUGAAGAAUUGGAUCUGGCAACAGAAACUUUAGAUAAGGAACAGGAAGAAAAUUCAAAACAGCAUCAAGAUACUGAAAUAUCAAAAACAAACAAAGAGGAAUGUGAAACACAAAAUGUUUCUCCAAAUCAAGUAACUUUUGAUGAAAUACAUUCUGAACAAGUACCACAUGAGAUACAACAAUCUAUGAGAACUUUCGAAUUUGAACAUGAGAUCGAUAGCAGUGAUCAACAACAAGAUCAGCAUCUAGAUGAGCAGUACGAUCACCAUACCCAACAAUUCGAACACGGUAGUCAUCUUCAGUAUGAUGAAAAUGGUCAACCCAUUCUUCACUAUGAGGAGAAUAGUCAUCUUCAAGAAUAUGAUCCAAAUGCGGAAUAUCAUUAUGAUCAACAGUAUAACAAUACUGGCCAACAUUAUGAAGAAAAUAGUGAAACGUAUCACCAGCAAUAUGGGCAAUUUGAUGAAAGCCAAAUGUACCAUCAAACAGGAGAAAUCCACAACUUAGAAGAAGGACAUCAGCUUUACGUGAACCAGGAUGGCCAAUACGUUGAAAAUAACCCCCAAAAUUAUCAGUACAAUGAAGUGAUGAAUAUCGGUGAAAAUGAUACUGGGAUUUAUCCAAAUCAGGAUGGAAUAUAUCCUGAUAAUUUGCAAGCAUCAGGAAGUGAAGGAAUUAACGCGACAGAAGUACAUCCUGAUGCCUACAUGGGCCAAAUGGAGCAAUAUGAUCAAAUCGGUAAUAUAUCUCCACACACAUACCAACAGCAUCAGCAAGUUAAUGAUACCAUGAACGAUGGUGAUGUAGAACAAGUAUUGAAAAGUGAGGUAACUACUGCUAAUGAUUACGAAGUAAUACAAAAUGAGGUACCAAGUACUAGAGAAAAUAAAGAAAGUAUUGAAAACCCCAGUCAGUAAGCCAAUUUGUUGAAAUUGAUUUGU